AUGAAGACUGCUGGAGACAAGCACUCAGACACUCAGAAUCUGGAAUCCGAUGAUGCUUCGACGCCAUUGCUGGAACAAAGGACCCCCAGUGUGCCAAGAUGGAAUCCUCCCCAGGAGCCGUCACCACCACCGCCACCUCCUCCUUCACCGCCUCCUCCUGUUCCUCCUCCACCACCUCCUCCUCAACCUCCAAGAAUUCAACCACCUCCUCCAAUGUACUACCAAGGCCCCCAAGUUGUUCGCACAGCUGCAUUCAGCGGUGUGCCUAGGAUGGCGUCUGUCAUGCCGAUGCAGUACCCUUGUCCCUACUGUGGGAACUACAUCCUCACAGUGACCACCCCAGUCCCAGGGGCCCUCACCUUGCUGCUGUGUACAGGCCUCUUUAUGUUUGGGUGUGUCCUGGGUUGCUGUCUCCUCCCUUUCUGCAUGGAGAGCUUCAUGGAUGUGAAGCAUACAUGCCCAGUGUGCGGGCACGAACUCUUCCGCUACCGUCGCCUGUGA